AUGGCCGGGGUGGGCUUUGAGGAGUUCUCGGUGCCCCCGGGCUCGGAGCUGGCGCUGCCCCCGCUCUUCGGGGGGAACAUCCUGGAGAGCGAGCUGGAGACGGAGGUGGAGUUCGUGGACGGGGGGCUGAGCGGGGACAACCUGCAGGACGAGGAGGAGGAGGAGAGCCAGCAGCGGCAGCGCGAGCUGGGCCGCCGGAAGAUUCAGGCGUUGUGCCGGCGCUGCAAGGAGAUGGAGCAGGUGGGGCGGGGGUGCCGCGUGGGCUGGAGCUGGAUCCGGAUCCAGGGCUGGGGACCAAACCUGGCCCUGUCCCCUGAGCCCUCCCACCUGGCCCGACUGGGCUCCAAUCUCAGUGAUUCUGGAUCUGGACAGGGCCCUGAUGUCAGUCUCGCUCUUUGUCCCCCCUAUAGAUUCCUUAUGAGGGUCCUGGAUUCCUACGGGGAUGACUAUAGACAGAGCCAGCUCACCAUUGUCCUAGAGGAUGAAGGCAGCCCCAGCACAGAAGCCCCCACCCCAGGCAAUACUGAGAACGAACCUCCAGAGAAGGAGACCCCCCGGCGCUUCCCUGGCCCCCCACCGGCUGGCCCAGAGCCCAAGAGCCCAUCCCAGGCGGAAACCCCCACUGGAAAAAAGCGUCGCCGGCACGGGCGUGAGGACAAGGAGCAGAGGGGCAGGCGGCUGGCCCCUGCCCUCCUCCCCAUAGAUGACUUCCCUGCACAGCUCAAAGAAGAGGACGAGUUCCCCUGCGACCAGGAUGCUGUACUUACCUCCAGCUGGCCCCUGCCUCGGCCCAAGCUCCUCCCUUACCCCAAGUUCUCCAGCCCCGGGGCCUGCGCUGAUUUUGACUGAACCCUCCUGAAACUGACCCGGCCCCUCGCUCCGGCCCUCAAAGGGUUAAACCAGGAGGGGUGCAGCCCUUCCCUGUGAACUAGAGGGUUAACCCCCUGUACACCAGUCUCCUGUGCUGCGGGACCGACAGCCAAGCAGGGACAGGGUGGGGAGCCCCCAGCCGGCUGGGAGAAGGUUUCCCAGGGUGGGUAAAACUCCUGCCGUAAUCUUUCAGGUGUAAAAGCCCUGCGGAGCAAGGCAGGUCACGUAACAGGGAAAUAAAGAGACGCUGGCCUGGGCCACAGUGAACAAAGACUGAGUGAACUCUGCUGUACCGAGUUAGAGCAGGGGGUGGGGAUGCCUGGGUUCUGUCCCUGGGAGGGCAGUGGGGUCUAGUGGUUAGAAGGGGGGAGGAGGAGGGUCUAGGGCAGUGGUUUCUCCCCCUGGCUCUGGACAGGGAGUGGGGUCUGAUCUUUUUGUCUGCUCUUUGCACAGCCCCAUGGCUCCUGUGUUGAUGGGACUGUCAUUGCUACCCCCUAAUUAGUAAUAAAUGGAGUCAGGACACCA